AUUAUAAUUUUUUAUAUGGCUCACCAUACGCAGCAGCAUCACCACAGCGCGCCCGAUGGCGUUUCACCGCGGGUUCACAGCCCCCGUUUCUCGGGCCCAAUGACUCGUCGGGGCCACUCGUUCAAGCGCAACAACAAUGGCAACUCCCAGACCGGUACAUGUACCGGCGCCAACGCCAGCGCCGCUGGUUCAAGUAACGCCGGUAAUAGCGGGAGCAACGGCAAUAACAUGAGCGUUCAUCAUGAGAUCGAUCUGCCAUUGAACUCGCCCAGAUCGGAAGUUGGAGGAGCUGUGGGUUCCGUUUCAAUCGAAGGGUUGAGCCAAAGGAAAGGGUUGUUCCUGAGGAAGCCGAGUGUUGGAUCUAUGGUUUUUUAUUUUGGGCUGAAAGAGAGAAGGAAGGUUGGGCAUUGGAUGUUCUUGGUUUUCUGUGGAGUGUGUUUGUUUUUGGGUGUUUUUAAGAUUUGUGCUUCUGGUUGGUUUGGAUCUGCUAUCGAAACCAUAACAUCAAAUCGGGAUUUUCUUGAUGCAUCCACCAAUCGACUAAAGCUAACCGAUGAAGGCUCUCAUGACUACGGGUACAGGGAGGGGGGAAGUGAUUCAGAUCGAACCUUAAUGACACUGGCAUCAGAUGUAACAGAGCACUCAGGUAUUUGGUCAAAACCAUAUAGUGAGAAUUUCACCCAGUGCAUUGACCAUUCAAAGAAUCAUAAGAAGCUAGAUGCAAAGACAAAUGGGUACAUUCUCGUAAAUGCUAAUGGUGGUCUGAAUCAGAUGAGAUUUGGGAUCUGUGAUAUGGUUGCUGUUGCUAAGAUUAUGAAGGCAACACUUGUCCUUCCCUCACUCGAUCACUCCUCAUAUUGGGCAGAUGAUAGUGGCUUUAAAGAUCUGUUUGACUGGCAGCACUUCAUUGAAACCCUGAAGGAUGAUGUCCACAUAGUUGAGACAAUACCACCCGAGUAUGCUGGAAUUGAGCCAUUUAACAAAACGCCUAUAUCCUGGUCUAAGGUUAGCUAUUAUAAGGCAGAGGUCCUACCAUUGCUGAAGCAGCAUAAAGUAAUCUAUUUUACACACACUGAUUCUCGGCUUGCCAAUAAUGGUAUCUCAAGUUCCAUACAAAAACUGAGGUGCUGGGUGAACUACAAGGCACUGAAAUAUUCUGCUGCAAUUGAAGAACUUGGAAACACGUUGAUUUCUAGAAUGCGCCAAAAUGGAAGCCCUUAUCUUGCUCUACAUUUGAGAUACGAGAUGGAUAUGCUUGCAUUUACUGGCUGCAGUCAUAGCUUGACAGCAGAAGAAGAUGAUGAACUACGUAGGAUGCGUUAUGAAGUCAGCCAUUGGAAGGAGAAAGAGAUUAAUGGUACAGAGAGAAGAUUGCUCGGUGGCUGUCCACUGACCCCUAGGGAGACUUCCCUCUUCCUCAGAGCAUUGGGUUUCCCACCAAGUACUCGAAUUUACUUGGUAGCUGGUGAAGCUUAUGGAAAUGGAAGUAUGGAGCCUCUUAAGGAGGAUUUCCCUAACAUCUUCUCUCAUUCCUCCCUGGCAACAGAUGAGGAGUUGAAUCCUUUCAAGAACCAUCAGAACAUGUUGGCCGGUUUAGACUAUGUUGUUGCCCUUCAGAGUGAUGUAUUUGUGUAUACUUAUGACGGAAAUAUGGCAAAGGCAGUUCAAGGCCAUAGGCGAUUUGAGAACUUCAAGAAGACAAUCUGCCCUGACAGGAUGAAUUUUGUGAAACUUGUGGAUGACUAUGAUGAGGGGAAUAUUUCUUGGAAGAAAUUCAGCUCUAAAGUGAAAAAGCUUCACAAAGAUCUAGCUGGCGCUCCAUAUCUUAGAGAGUCUGGAGAAUUUCCAAAACUGGAGGAGAGUUUUUAUGCAAAUCCACUUCCGGGAUGCAUCUGUGUAAGAACAGAAGAGAUGUAGGAAGCAGAAACACAGCUUCUACAAUUUUGUUUUUAAAUGUUACAAAGUUUAAAAAGCUUGACUGAGAAAGAGGGUUUGCACUGUGCUGGCAAUGUUUCAGACAUGCUUCUCGAUAAGGAUAAAAAUUGUAUAUAAUACCAUUCAGUACCACAACACAACUCGAUGGUUGAACAAAGCCUGCUCGAGGGGGCAAUUCCCAGGGCAGCAUUUGAACCAACGCAUUAAGUCAUCAUCAAUGGAGGCACCAGCUGGCCCGAAGCGAAUAGAGUCACACUGUUCUCCUUUCUCAAUAGGUACAGGUAAUAGAUAAACAUUCAUUUGAUGCAGAGGGAUUUCAUGUCCCUAACUGUCCUUCAUAAGAAAAUGUUUUCUUUUUU